AUGAGUGCAGCAUCAAACACAUCAGCUGCAGGAAUUUGCACGAACGGAUUAUUUCCAGUGAUCCAAGGAUCAGGGCCACCACUGCGUGGCUCUGCGCCCAAUGCAAAGACUCCAAACAGACCUAGAGACCGUCGGGAACGCAUAUUCCAUGGUGAUUUCACUCCUUCAGGUGGCGACAAAACACUUGAGAUUGAUAUCUACGAGAAAUAA